UGGGUGUUAGAGAAGGUUCUCUAGUGGGUGUGUGCUGCGUGGAAAAUGAGUGUUUUUGCGAGGAAAACAACGGGAAAACGAUUUGUAAAUUAGUGUGCAAAUGUGACAAGUGAAUAUAAUUGAGUGAAACAUAAGGUUAAAGUUCUAAUACAAGUAUAAUUUGAAUAAAAGUUGAUAAAAGUGAGAUCCUUUCUACGGUUCAGGGAAAGUUUUCACGAGCAGCAGCUUUCACACAAAUUUCUCAGCAUUCGACCCGACAGGACGUGCUUUUUUCCGAGCUGCCGCCGCCGUGAGUGUGUAUGUGUGAGCUGUGUCUGUGUGUGUGUGUAUAUUGCGUUGAUGUCCUCGCCCCUUGAGGGUUAAUGCGAAAAAAAGAAGAGCAAAAUUUUGAAAAGCUAAAAAUAACAGUGUCUAGGGAAGAAACCAAGGGAGUUCGGUCUAGGAUCGCCGGAUUACGGUGACCUGCGGGAUUUCUUCGUGGAAGUCGGAGUGACCCAACAUGGAGUGCAGUGAAGUGUGAAGAGAAUCGGAGGACCUCUUCAGCGUGAGACACACAAUUCCAAGUGGACUUCGAGAGGUUUCGAAUCCUGCCAGGACUAUGACUUCGUUUGGAUCGCUGGACGGAACGAACCCGGAGGAAAUCUUCUUCUCAACGUACGAGCCGUCGAAGGAAGAAAUCCUCGAGUAUGCGGUCAAGAUUGGCAUCGAUCCGGAAAACGAAACCAACCUGAUCUAUCUGGCUCGCCAGGGGCUGCUGCAUCCACUGCCGGAAAACUGGAAACCCUGCUACAGCAAACAGGUGAAGGCGUACUACUACUACGACCGGUAUACGCGCAAAUCCCAGUGGGAACACCCGAUCGACGUCCUGUACCGCCAGAAGGUCGUCGACACGCGCAAGGCCCUCUCGCUAGACCGGUCCGACUCGACAUCGCUAGCGGAUUCCGGCUUUCGAAGUUUGAAAUCCGCGACCAGCACCAACAGUAACAACAACAGCAGCGGAAGUGGUGGCUCCAGCGGUGGUGACGGCGUCGGCGUCGAAAUUGAGUCACCUGCCGGUGCGAUCGGACCACCGGUUGAUGUUGAUGUUGGUGGUGGUGCCAUUAGGAAGGUUCUGUUUGGCGCGGGGUCGGGCUCGGGAUCGGUGGAAUCCGAUCGGGAGGACAGCGUGAAGGAGGUUGAUGGGAAGCGAGGGGAGACGGAAAAGGAUCGAGACGCUGGUGACGAGGGGGACGAGGAGGAGGUUGAAGUUGGAGAGGAGGUUGGUAACGAGGAGGAGGAGGAGGAGGACGAGGAGAGUGGAGAUUCGAACAAGGAGAACAAUAGUCAGCGGUUGGAGAUGGUGCUGGGGGAACGGAAGGUGGAGGAGCAGUUGGCGAUGUCGCCGAAGAUCUCGUUCAAUCUUGGGUCCAGCAUGAGAGAUCGGUCGGAGGGGCAGCUUGGGACGCGAGGGUCGUUCCAUGGGUUUACGAUCACUGGGACGGGGUCGCAGUUUUUGAAGUCGAACAAAAAGCCGGAAUUUGAUAGCUUGGAGUUUGGCAAGAAAGAGGAAGUAAAGGGCAUCUUGAGGGAUUCGAGUUUGACGUACAUCAGGAACAAGGGAACGCCAAACGAAGAUCUGUCGGAUGAGCGGAAGAGUGUGCGGUUUGAUAUCGAUUUGAACGCAGAGUUGAAGUCGAACAAGUUGGAAGCGGUAAGGGAUGACUCGCUGAUCAACUUUGAGGAACUGGUUGAAGGGUAUGAUAACGGGGAUGAAGAAGCUGCGGAAGAAUCGGAAAAGAAGAGCUCGACGGAGACCUCGGAAGGGGACUCGGAGGUUAGUGAAGAGGUUGAUAGCAAAGCGGAAGUGACGAAAACUGUGGUCAGGCGGUUUUCGGUGGAACGGGUCAGCGAUGAUUCGAUAAGACUGUUGAAGGAUUCGAUCUCGGAUGAGAAGGAACGAUACAAGACUAAGCUAGAGGAAGAGUUGAAUAGUUUGAGGAUUUUGGAGGAAGCUAACAUUCAGAACGAAUUGGCAAAGGAACGAAGGAGGUGUGAGGAGCAGUUGGAGAAGGAGAAGGAUAAGCUGACUGAUAUCCACCAGAAGAACAUAGAGGAGAUAAAGGAGUUUUAUCAAGUAAAGUUAAGCGAGAUGAAGGCUGAUUACGAGGAGGAGAAUGAGAAAGAGUACAGGAUCUACAGGGAAACACUGCAAGAGGAGUUUGAUAGACGGGUAAAGGAGGUAACCGAUGAGCACAAAUCAACGAUGGCAACGCUGCAGAAGAACCACGACGAGAUCGUGGAAGAACUUGAGCGUGAUUUGAAGACGGAAGAGGAGUUGUUGAAGAAGGAACACGCAACAAAUUUAACUGAAAUGAAGAUCAAACUGGCUCAUGAACUGGAAGUUGAACGUCAGAGAAUGCGUGAAACCGGUGAAGAUCGUUUGUACGAGAAGAUUCGCUGUGAGAAGCGUCUGCUCGAGGAUAAAUACAAAUGUUUGAAGGAGAAAUACACCAGGUUGAAGACCGACGUAAGGAUUUCAUUGGAACGACGCAAGAAGCGCCGUGAACAGCAACAGCAAAGCCUUCUGAGCAAUAGCUACGAAACCGACGAUCGAACCCAUUCAAAACCAACGUCGCACUACCCGUACGAGGGCAAGUCCAACAUGGGCGGACCCUCUUCGCUGAUGAUGAACUCUGAAAAGUCCUCGAUCAGCACUCCACCGCCAUCGGCCGCGUCCAAACGCUUCGCCGCCAAGAACAACUACCUGCUGGAGCACAAGAACAAGCUUCUCCCGUACAACGGAGGUCCUCACCAGCAGCAGCAGCAGCAGCAGCAGAUCGCUUCUUCCGCUCCGACUUCAGAGCCACGCAAGCCAUUCAUUCUGAACAACAACCGCCUUCAAAAUACCGACGCCGAAACAAGCCAAAGCGAGACGACUUACUCGAAGAACUACUUCCAAAUUCGGAACAUUUUCGCGAACGUGCGCGACGAAAACUUCAGCUCCGACUCGGAGUUUGACAAGCAGCACGAGAAGGGCAGCGUUCCGGUGUCCCGGCAGAAGCGGAAACUCUUCACCAAAACCAAGUCCGCGUCUACGUCCAAGCUAAACUCGUCGAAGCACGACCGCGAACGUCCAUGCACUCCGGUCGAAAAUCUGCGCAUCCAGCUGAAGAAACUCGAGGAGCUCGAGGACCAAAUCCCGGACUGCAACAUCGAUGCGCCUUACCACCUGCGGUAUCCGUUCAGCGAUCUGGACAACAACGGCGGUGCCAGCUCGGAGCUGGACUUUUUCAAGCAUCGCAUCCUGCUCGAGCGGGAUUCGGUGAUGCGCGCCAAGGAGUCGCUGCGGGCGCAGAAGAACCUGUUCAAGAGCAAGCAGCGGGACAUCUCGGUGAAGCACACGAUGAAGAACAAGCACACCAUGGAUCAGAUAUUUAGCGAAGAAAAGGAGCUCACGGAGAUGGAGGUGUCGCUGCAUCGAACCCGCGCCCUUCUGGGAGAGAAAGUGAUUCGGCUGCGGCAUCUGGAGCGAUCGCUGCAGAAACUGUCGGAAAAGGAGCGGCCACCGCUGCCGGAAGCCAUCGAGAUCAGCAUGCCCAAACCCAAAGAGACGCUCAGCGAUCUGUCGUCGUACUCGAGCUCUGGCUUCAGCAGCACCGACGUGCCAACGGAGCACGGCACCGGACGCGGUCACGCCUUCCGAGCAAACGAUUCAAUCGAGACGUACAAGUACUUGGAACAUCUCCACAACGAAAUUCAGGACAUCUGGAACAUUCUAAAUCCCUCCCACCAGGGCAGCGGCUACGAGGAGCUGGACUACCUGAACAAUCCGUCGCAGCACUUUUGCGAUAUCGUCAUGUCGUCACCGAAGCCGCCGGGCGGGCUGGGCAGCUCCGGACUGGCCACCCACCCGAUACCGGUGCAAACGCAGCAACGGUACACGGUGAACCUGUUGGAGAAGACGCGCGAUCUCAAGAACUGGCUGCGACAGGCCAAGUCCGAGCACGAGCAGCUCAAGAAGAAGUCAUUUGGAUAAGCGGGGUGAGUACAAGCUGGGCAAAAUUGGGAAAACAUAUUUCAUUUGAUUGAUGAUCAUUUAAUCAAAAACAAAAGUCACAGUGUACUUAAAACAUCCUAACGUUGUCAAGUUUUAGAGAUGCUGAUCCUUUGAAAAAUCCUUGAAAAAACGAUACAAACAGAAAUUUAAUAUUACAAACAGCCCACAUCUAGCGUACAUGUACUAGUAAACUAUAGUGUGAUAUUAAAUUUUAGAUAAAUUUGAUGUUGGUAGAUGAUCAAACUGUUGUGAAAAGAAAAGAAAGGUAACACACUGUACGGAAGUCAUUGGAAAAAGCAAAAUCUCUUACAAAAAUAUGACCAUUCAACGUCGAUUGCAGACAAACCAGUACUCUUUAAGAACAAAAUAUUAAACUUAAAAAAAGAUAGAAAUUCAAAAAAAUAUAUAUCUUGACAAGUUCCGUUCAUUAUGAGCUCAAAAUAUAAAGUGAAUCGUAAAUAUAUUUACCGUAAAACAGUUUUUUCUUAAUUUAUCCUAUUUUCAAAUCACACAUCAAUUUUAAACGUAUGGUAUGAUCUAUGUAUCUGUGAUUUUUCAUCCUCGUUCGUAAGUUUGUGUAACCAGCCGGCGUUUAAAGCAAAACAAGUGCAGCCGUACUUUUAAAUCCAUCCAAGUUUAUUCAACUGUGAGUAUACCUUCUAGGUUCCUCGGGCUAUAAUACCGGUCCCGCUGGAGGAAAAACAAAACAAAAAAGUUUGCUUUUAUUUAAAUAUUGUGUAUGUGUUUUAGCAUUACAUUCAAGUGAUAAAAACAAGAUAAAUGUAAUAUGAGUAAAUAUUCGGAACGAAAGUUUAAAUUUUAGAGGGGAAAGCUGGUAAGACAAAUGAAAACAGAAAAGCAAAGUGAAAAGAAAGUUGGUCCAACGGUUUUGAAGACAAAUGUUUUAAAGAAAAUUAACUAAUUGAAUAUGACAAUGAUUUUUUUAGCAUUCCGAUUCCAAUGAAACAAGUAAAAACGCAAAUAGCUCUAGUAGUAAGGAAAUAAAAACAAAUGUUAAAAAAUCAAAUACUAAACAAAGAAUAACAACUGGAAAAAGAUCAUUUUACGCAAAAUCAAUAUUUUUUGUUAAAGACCCUCAACAAUUAUAAAAUUCAUAAAAGACGACGCAAAUUAAGAUGUGGCUGUUGCCAAAAUUUUCAUUUAGUUUGUUCAUUCUCAGGUACCUACUAUAAAAUUGUUCCAAUCCAUCUGCAGAAAAUUCAAAAUACCAUUUACAUUUUGAGUCACACCCUUGCGUACGCUAAAAUGAAAAGCAUUUCAAGUUGUUUGAACUAUCCACAAAUUAAAAAAAAAAAAUCUGUCAAUAGUGAUAACACAAAAGUUAUUAAUCAAAACAAAAAAAAACUUAGAGCAAGCAAAGAAGUAAGAAAUUCAGAAAGGGUUAAAUCGACGAGAACCGUAAAUCGAGUAGAUUUUGGAAGUACCAGGCAAACUAAACAAACAUGUUUUUAAAUACCACUCCAAAGCUAUAUACCAAUAAAUAAAAAACCCCAGUUUCACAGGAUAAUGUUACAAGAA